AUGGGUUCUCUGGGAUCGUUUCAGCAGACAAAGUCGCUCUCUGACAUCAAAAAUAAGAAGCUACUCCACUAUCAUGGCUUCAUUGAUGGACAGUGGGCCGAUGCAGCUUCCGGGAAAACAUUCGAUUUAAUCGACCCAGGCACAGGUGAAAAACUCGCCACUUUUCCUGAAAUGGGAGCAGCAGAUACGGCUCGAGCUAUUGAAAGCGCUUCCAAAGCCUUCAAGACAUGGAAAACCACCUCAGGCCGCGAGCGUGGGCGGAUGCUGAGAAAAUGGAACGAUUUAUGCUUGGAAAAUACUGAAGACUUUGCCUUGAUUAUCACUUUGGAAACGGGAAAACCGCUUUACGAGGCUAGGGCCGAAGUGAUCUACGCUUGCAGCUUCCUUGAAUGGUUUGCCGGUGAAGCUGAGAGGACCUAUGGCGAAAACAUUCCCACCGCCAAUAGAAAUCAGAGACUCGUCACUAUGAAGCAGCCGAUCGGGGUGGUUGGAUGCCUGAUGCCCUGGAAUUACCCCAUGGCUAUGAUUACUCGGAAGGCUAGCGCUGCCAUCGCUGCCGGAUGUACUACCAUCUGGAAGCCUGCCGGCGAGACGCCUCUGUCUGCCGGCGCCAUGGCUGUUCUUGCCCUUGAGGCGGGCAUUCCUCCUGGAGUGAUUCAAAUCAUCACCAGCUUGACAACCGUCGCGGAAGUAGGGAAAGAAAUUUGCACGAACAAGCUUGUGAAAAAAGUCAGCUUUACCGGCAGCACGAGGGUUGGUAGGCUAUUGAUGGAACAAUGUGCACCGACAGUGAAGAAACUUAGCCUGGAGCUUGGAGGAAAUAGCCCUUUUAUCGUUUUUGACGACGCGGAUGUUGACGUUGCCGUCGAGGCUGCUGUUAUGGCGAAAUUCAGAAAUACUGGCCAGACGUGCGUGGCUGCCAAUCGAAUUUUCGUCCAAGCCGGAAUCUAUGACAAGUUUGCAACAGCCUUAUCCAACACAAUUUCGACAUUCAAAAUCGGACCAGGUACUCAGGAUGGCGUUUUCGUUGGACCUUUGACUCAUGAAAAUGUGCUCACGAAAGUGCUGACCCACAUUGAAGAGGCCAAGAGCAAAGGCGGCAAGAUCAUCUUAGGCGGCAGCCGAGUUGACGGAACUAAAGGUUACUAUGUCCAUCCGACCAUCAUUACAGAUAUGCCGCGUGGCACCAUCACCGAGCGAGACGAGGUCUUUGGCCCGGUCAUUCCGCUGUACAAAUUUCAUACAGAAGAGGAAGCCAUCGAACUUGCAAACAAUGUCGAUGUAGGGCUCGGAGCCUUCGUCAUUACGUCCAGCAUGCCCAGACAAUGGCGUGUCACGGAAGCCCUGGAGGUUGGUGUCGUUGGCGUGAAUAUUGGGCUCCUUUCGGCCGCGGAGAAUCCUUUCGGAGGUGUGAAGCAAUCAGGCUUCGGUAGGGAGGGUGGGAGACAAGGUAUUGAUGAGUACUUGAUUCUCAAGAGCAUGUUCCUCAAUGUUGCAACCGGAUGA